GUGGCAUUUUACCCGUCAGCGUGAGGGAGAUCCCCUUCCCAACUCCUGCCUACACGGACGACCCCUUCGCCAGCUUCGUGGAGAGCGUCUUCGGUCUCUUCUUCGUCUUGGUUUUCAUCUGGCCUUUAACGCGGAUCAUGAAGAGCUUAGUGGAGGAUAAGGAGGCGCGCAUCAACGAGGUCAUGAAGAUGAUGGGGAUGCCAGCGGAAGCCAUCCUACUGGGUUGGUACCUGACCUACGGCCUGCUCUGGAUCAUCCCCGCAGCUCUGAUGACAGUGGUCUGCUGGGAUUCCGUCUUCCAGCACAGCAACAAGCUGCUGGUCUUCAUCUUCUUCUGGCUCUUCGGAGUUUGCGUGGUGACCUUGUGUUCCUUCAUCGCUGUCUUCUUCUCGAAAGCCAAGACGGCCAGUGUGGUGGGAGCGUUACUUUUCUUUCUUCUCUACUUCCCCUUCCUGUUCGUGUCGGACAGCGGCGCCUCCGCGAGCACCAAAGCCUUGUCGUCGCUGUCGCCGCCUGUGGCCUUGUCCAUAGGUGCUGGGCUCAUUGCGCAAUUUGAAAGUGCGGGUGUAGGAGUCAGAUGGUCCAACAUCAACGAGUCCAUCGACAAUUCGUCCAUGGGACAAGUGUUGCUCAUGCUGCUGCUGGAUACUGUGAUCUUUGCUCUCCUGGCUUGGUACUUGGACAAGGUGUUGGUGGUCGGCUUUGGAACCCGCCAGCCGUGGUACUUCCCGUGCUCCAAGCACUACUGGAACCCAAACCACAGCAGCAUGUCCCAGGAUGAUUUGCAUGUCCUCGAGGACACUUUCGACGAUCAGCAGCCCGGAAACCCCAGGUACGAGGCGGUGCCCGAGUCCAUGGCUUCCACGCGCAGCGUCCUGGUGCGGGAGCUCUGCAAGGAUUUCAACACGGCGGAUGGCAAGAUCUUGAAAGCAGUACAAGAGGUCACGCUGAAUCUCUACAGCGGUCAGAUCUUCUGCCUUUUGGGCCACAACGGAGCAGGCAAGACGACCACCAUCAACAUGCUCAGCGGCAUGCUGCCAGUUUCUUCAGGUGAUGCCAUUGUGUAUGGCAAGUCCAUCCGCAGGGACAUGCAGCAGAUCCGGAAAUUCCUGGGUGUUUGUCCCCAACAUGACGUGAUUUGGUCUGGCCUCACGGUGCGAGAACACUUGGAGUUCUUUGCGCAAGCGAAAGGGAUGAAUCGAGAAGCAUUGGAAGCAGAGGUGAAUGCCCUGAUUGCAGACGUGAGUUUGCAGGAGAAGGAGCAUGCACUGGCUGGCACUCUGAGUGGUGGUCAGAAACGUCGUUUGAGCGCCGCCAUUGCGUUGAUUGGUGGAUCUCAAGUGGUGUUUUUGGACGAACCCUCCAGUGGGGUGGAUCCCUUCUCUCGCCGGCAGCUUUGGGACUGCUUGCGAGAGAAGAAGACUGACAGAACUCUGAUCUUGACGACACAUUUCAUGGACGAGGCUGAGGAGCUUGGCGAUCGCAUUGCCAUCAUGGCAGCGGGUCGUGUGAAGUGCGUGGGCUCGGCGCUGUUUCUGAAGUCUCAGUACGGAGUCGGCUACACCCUGACCAUUGCGAAGCUUCCGCACGUCACCGCGGAGCAGUCGCGGGAGCUGAAGACGUUGAUCUCCUCGAAGUGUUCCAAGGCCGAGGUCCUCAGCGACGUAGGGACGGAGCUCACCUAUCGCAUGCCCUUCGAAGAGAGCAGCGGCUUCCCAGAGCUCUUUGAGUACCUGGAGCAGCAGCCGCAACGCUACGGCGUGGAGUUGUUCGGCGUCUCGGUGACGACGCUCGAGGAAGUCUUCCUCCGCGUGGGCCGCGACCACACCGAGGCUGACGUGGCGGCGGACGAGCGUCUGCAGCAGGCCAGUUUCGUGCGCCAGAUCUCCGAGGAACGGGAGUUUCGGGCACGCCAGAUCUCCACGGAGGGCUCUUCCCGCGAUGUAUCUGCUGCUGAGCCCUUGAAUGUCAACAGGAUCGACAUGACAGCGAGCUUCGGAAAGCACGUGCACGCCCUGUUGACCAAGCGCUACCACAACGCGCGGCGCGAUCGGAAGGCGUGGUGCUGUCAGAUCAUUCUGCCGUUGAUCUUUCUGCUGGCCGCCCUGCUGACUAUGCGCUUUGCGGGCAUCGGCAACUACCAGGCGGCCUCCUUGAGUCCUCUGCAGCUGCCGGGUCCCCAACAGCUGCUGGUGGCCGCCGGCCACGGCGUGGCGCAAAGCGAGGCUGCGGCCUUGCUGCAGCAGUGCAGCGUGCCGGUGGAGGAGGUGGCGGAUUCCAUGAACGCCACCGCCUUCAGCAACUACUUGGAGCAGGGUUACUACCGCAGCGAUGGCACGGAACGCUGGGGCGCGGUGCGAGUGGUGUCCAUUCCGGACUGGUCGCUUCCCAAUACGUCGCACCAGGUGGGGCGCUUUGAGGUGGCCGGCUUCGCAUCGCCCGGGAAGGUGCUCUCGAAGAACUUGAACUUCACCGUGCCGGUGGGGACCCUGUGGGAGGAGAAGGCCACAACGCUGGGCGGUGCGUCAGUGCCUUUGAGCCAACUGAACAACCGACUGCAGGUGGACCUCUUCUGGAACUCCUCGGCGCGCGACGCGCUGCCCAUGUUUUAUCAGACGCUGAACGAAGCGGCGCUGCGCCGAGCCCUCGGGGAGGACGUGCUGAAGGAUUCCAAGAUCUUGAUGAGCAACCAACCUUUCCCACUGACCAGUGCACAGAAAGAUCUGACGAACACUCAGACCUCUUUGAACUUAGCCUUGGGCUUCGCCUUCAUCCCCGCCUCCGUGGGCGCCUUUGUGGUCUUGGAACGGGAGACGGGCAGCAAACAUCUGCAGGUCAUCAGCGGAGUGAACUUCGUGAGCUACUGGUUUUCCACCUGGAUUUGGGACAUCCUGAAUUACCUGGUGGCCGCCUCCCUUUCCGUGCUCCUCAUCGCUGCCUUUGGCGUCGACUCUUUGAUCAGUGCUGAGACUUUGCCCUGGACCUGUUUGUCGGUGCUGAUGUACGGAGUCAGCUGCACAUCUUUCACCUACAUGUUGUCCUUCCUCUUCAACUCCCACACUGCGGCGCAGAAUUUGCUGUUGAUUGUGUACCUCUUCACCGGUGGAAUUCUCAUGAUCGUGACCAUCAUCUUGGCCAUCCUGCCAUCCACCAAGGAUCUGGCACAAAAUGUGCUGAUCUACCUCUUCCGGAUUUUGCCCAACUUUUGUUUGGCGGAUUCCCUGACGAAUCUCAUCACCCGGCAAAACCCUGGGCUCUGGCUGGACAAGGGCUGUCCCUUCGAGGGCUGUGCUCCCUACGAUUUGGUGAUCACCGGUUAUGAUUUGCUGUACAUGGGCGUGGGCAGUUUGCUGUGGUUCCUGGCCACUCUGCUCUUGGAACUGGCCUUCGCCACCCCCAAGCUGCGCGCCUGGCUGCAGAUCCGCCGGGUGGAUGUGCCGCGGGGAGAUGAAGUUCCUUUGGAUCGACAUGUACAGCUGGAGAAGGAGAGGGUAGAAAGUGGCGCAGCAGAUGAUGAGAUGGUCGUGCUGAAAGGGCUCCGGAAAGUGUUCCCGGGACGGCAAGGCGCUCCGCCCAAAGUGGCGGUGGACGACAUGUACUUCGGCAUCCCGGAAGGCGAAUGUUUCGGCUACCUGGGCCUCAACGGUGCGGGGAAGACCACCACCAUGAAGAUGCUCACGGGUGAGGAACUCUGCACGUCAGGCGAGGCGACUCUGGGAGGUUUCGACAUCAAGACGCAGCAAAACCAGGUGCGCCGUUUGAUCGGCUACUGCCCCCAGUUCGACGCGCUCAUUGGCACCCUGACGGCGCGCGAGCACCUGACGCUCUUCGCGCGGAUCAAAGGGAUGCCGGAGAGCCGAUUGCACGAGUACGUAGAUUCGUUGUUGGAUCAGCUCACCUUGCGGCCCUAUGCGGACAAGCAAGCCUUCAGCUUCUCGGGCGGCACCCGUCGCAAGCUGUCCUUGGGCCUGUCCUUGGUAGGCGAUCCCCGCUGCAUCUUUUUGGAUGAGCCGACCACGGGGGUGGAUCCCGAGUCACGGCGCUUCAUGUGGAAGUUGAUUUCCAGCACAAUGCUGGGGCGUGCAGUCAUCUUGACUACGCACUCUAUGGAAGAGUGCGAAGCUUUGUGCAGUAGAAUUGGCAUCAUGGUGAAUGGCCGGCUGGUCUGCUUGGGGUCAGCCUCCCAACUGAAAGCCACUCAUGGAUAUGGCUACCAAUUCGAAGUCACCUUCGAUGCUUCCGCAGAUCUGGCGGUGGCGCAUCAGGCGCUGGGCGCCUUCCUGGAGAAACAGUUUACUGGGGUACGUGUGGAGGAAAGUUUGCCCACACGCCCACGGGCCAGGUAUCGCCUGCCGAAGGGACAGAAGCCCAUCAGUGCAAUUUUCCGGCUCAUGGAGGAGCGCAAAUCUUCGCUGCGUAUCUCUGAGUAUUCGGUCUCAGAGACCACCCUGGAGCAGCUCUUCAUCCAAUUCGCCAAGGAUCAGGUGGAGGAAGGACCAGAGGAGGCUGCAACACAGGCCGCCUCCUCGUCCGUGGAGAAAGAGACUCCGCGAUUCGAGGCGGGUGAGGCCAAUGGCUCUGGUGAUGCAGGAAGCUCCGCUGUUUGA